UGAGGUUAUCGCGAUGGAGUCGUAUUUUUGAUAAAUUUAAACAGGACUAAAAAUAGUGUUUUAAUAAUGUGAUUAGUCAAAUUGAAACCUUCAAACUAUUCUUCUCAAAUACAACUUGCUUUUCCAUCAAUAUCAAUAAUUAAAUCGGCCGUCUCCACAUGAAAUAUGUAAUGUUUCUUUGUCAUGAGUACUUUACGAGAAUAGUUUUCCUGGCGCUUAUCGAUCGGUUAUGAAAGAGAAUAGACCGUAAAUACAGUUUUGUUUAUUCUUUCGUGUUGUUAUAAAUAAAACGUGAAUAUUUCGAAUUGUUUGCAUCUUCAAAGAGUGUAACUAAUUGGUUCUAGAAGUCGAAAUGGCUAUGUUGUAAAUAAUGUGUUUACGUCCACUGAUCUAUUCAUACAUUGCAUUUACUUCAAAAUACCUACCUGUAAAGUUCUAAGCAAGUCUAAGUGGCGAUUAUGAGAUAAAACUAGUGCUUAAAACAUCGAUUUGUGGCUACGCCCAUGUAUUGUUGUUCUUUUCUCUCGCGGCUCGGCGUCGGCAUGGCCAGCAUGAGCUCCACGCUCGUCGAGACUGUCUCCAUCAACUACGAGGACUUUAACGAGAGCUUCCUCACGUGCGGCACGUGUCUAUGCACGUACGACGGCGGCGAGCACACUCCUAAGCUGCUGCCGUGCUCGCACACGGUGUGCCUGCACUGCCUCACGCGCAUCGCCGCCUCGCAGACGCGCGACGCCGGCCACUUCCGCUGCCCCAUCUGCCGCGAGCUGAUCACCGUCCCGCGCGGGGGCGUGGCCGCGCUGCCGCCCUCCUUCCUCGUCAACCAGCUGCUGGACCUCAUGGCGCGGCAGCGGCGCGAGGUCAUCCCGCAGUGCAGCUCGCACCCCGGCCGCGAGCUGCUCUUCUGUGAGACUUGUGAUUGUGUGUUCUGCCGCCACUGCGCCGACGGGCCGCACAGUGACACGCCGUGCGAUCAUACAGUAGUCCCAUUCUCGAUAGCGUUAAAAAGAAUGUCGGAGAUUUUGUUGUAUCGGGCGAAUGAGUGCCUGAGCAAGCUGGGGUCAGCGCGGGAGGCGGUGGCGACGGAGCUGCGGCGGCUGGAGGCGGCGGCGACAGCGGCGGAGGACGCCAUCGACCGGCACGUGGCGGAACUACGCGCCGCGCUGGACCGCCGCCACGCCGACCUGCGCGCCGCCGCCGCCGCCGCCGCCACGCACAAGCGGAAGCUUCUGGAAGAACAGCUGAAGCUCAUCGAUGCCGAGAAGACUAAGGUAGAAGCGGAAUGCUCGGGCCUGCAACAACAAGUCGAGGUCCGCGAAGUAUCCAGCCGGGCGGCGGCACUCGGGGCCCGUCUCAGUGACGCAGCGGCGUUAGCUGAGCCAAGAGAAAACGCCUUUCUAGCCGUGGACUUUGCCCAUAAUGACGCACAGCAGAGGUUCCUGGAAGCGCUUUGUGAACUGGGCAGAGUGCGGACUAGCACUACGUUCCCUGGACUGUGUUCUUUGCAGUUAGAAUCCCCGUGCGUGUGCGGCCUAGAAGUGUGCAUCUGGCUGCACACGGUGGACUACCACGGCUCGGCGCGGCGCACCGGCGGCGACCCGGUGUCGGCCGCGGCCACAUUGGACGACGCGCCGCUGCCGUGCGCCGUCAGCGACCAGGACUCGGGCGCCUACAGAAUCACGAUGCGUCCCUGGAGCGCGGGCUCGAUCAGCGUGAAAGUGCUCAUAUUCUCGCGCGCCGUUCGAGACUCGCCUCUACGUGCGGAAGUGGCGCCCUCUGCCGCCGCGCUGCUGGUGUGGGGCUCGCGGGGCUCCGGCAAGGAGCAGCUCAACCAGCCCGUCGCGACCGCCAGAUGUCAGAAGCGCGGCGAGAUCUACGUGCUGGACGCGGGCAACUCGCGCGUCACAGUACUGGACGACGAGACGCUCGCCUUCAAGGCACAUAUCAUUAAUGAAGGUCUGGCGGGCAGAAGUUGCACCGGCAUCGCGGUGACGGCGGAGGGAGUCAUGGUCAUCAACUGGAGGACCCGCACGCUCACAGAGAUAAGCACGGACGGCUCUACAAUCCGCUCCAUCACGUCCCCACGCCUGGUAGAACCUGUCGCGGUCGCCUGCGACGUGACGUCACGACGCGUCGCCGUCGCCGACAACGGGGCGAGAGCUGUGUUCGUGUUCGACGAGCACGGGGAUAUCGAGCUUGAGGUGGGCAACGGAGACCUCGGUCUGGUGGGCGGAGUGGCGCUCACUGAAGACAUGCUCGUGGUGGCCGACACCAGCGUCAAGAUAUACGACCUGCAAGGAAACCUGAAGGCCACCAUGGCUCCAGUACCCAAAGGUCGUGGAGGUUACGGCGGAGUGGCCCUCGAGAAGUCAGAAAACGGCACCCACAUAGUCUGCGCGCGCUCUGUCCGUGGGAGACCCUCUCUCGUCGUACUAGAAGCGGGUGGGUCCGGGCGGGUCCUGGCGGCUUGUGAGCUCGCUGACAAGAAGCCCCGUCGAGUGGCGGGACUGACGCUGCUGCCAGGGAAGAGGGCGUUGCUGGCUGAUCUGGCCGGCGACUGUCUGCGGUUGCACACUUAUUGGUGAAUGAUGAGACUGAUGUAGGUAAGGAAGUAAGGAAGCUGCCAUACGGCGAACGGUAAUCGAAUUUCAUGCUAGUCUAUCGAGUAGAUGCGAACUGAUGGCCAUAUCUGGGACUGUUGGAGGUACAGGCACCAAAGUCAUUAGACCCCACACGACGGCCCUAACGCCUAUAAUGGGACAGACCAAUGAGAUGGCACUUACUGCAAAAAAAAAGUUAUCUUAAACAGAGAUUUAGGCAUUGGUAAUGUUUGACGGUCAAUUUGUAAUACCGUUGCAUAUGUGUCUUACUAAUUUAAUAAGAGGGAAAGAUCUGAUAUUUUUGAAACUGUAAAUGUAGGUCUCUGUGUUUAAGCUUCAACUGAUAUUCCGUCAAAUAUUGACGCUGAGUUUGAACUAAAAAUCUCUCUUGUAAAAUUAUUGAUGCAUAAAUAGGUCUGUGAUUGUCCAGACCAGGCCUCUUAGAUAGCUGCCAGUCCCCAUCACCAUUGGUCCAGUUUUGCUGCUUAUGUUAUGUACUGUAUCUACGUAUGUAACAUAAUGAGCACUGUCGGAUAUUAUUCCUGAGAACGAUGUGGGGUCGCAAUUUAUUAUCAUUCUUUAAUAUUCUUAGUACUUACAGUAUUUAUUUUGUAUUAAGUUGAUUGUACUACUGUUUUUAUAAUUAUAUCGGCACGUAAUCGUUAUAAGAAACACUUAAAGUUUGGUGUUCUUUUUAUUAUUUAAUUAGCGACUGAUUUUUCAUGUAGGCAUAGUUCACGUGUGUAAAACAUGAAAUUAUUUACUUCUUUUGUAAUAUUGGAGUUCGCGAAUGCGUUAAAAAUAAAUUAUUGAAAAAAACUUUUAAUGUGAAGCUGUUCACUAGUCAUGUUAAAACGGCAUUUAAGAUCAUUGAAUUUAAAAUGUAUAUUCAAUUAAGCUGUAAGAAAUUUGAAUCUCAAAAUCGACUUCUAUAUUUCAUGUAAAAAUAUCAACAGUCAUAUAUUUUUGUAAUAGACAAAAACUCAUAAACCGCCUAAACGCCUUCAUUAAUGGUUAAUAACAUAAUAAAUUAAUAACACAAGCACAUUAUCACGAACAAAUCAUAAUAUUUACAUUAAAUUAAAAUCUAGCGUGUUUCUUAAAAUAUCUUGUAAACCUUGAACAUUAAUUGCUCAAUUUAAAACGAUAACACCCAUAUCACGUAAUAAGGAAGUCUCCAUAUUGCUAGAUUUAGAUGAUAAAUUAUCU